UCGCGCGUCGCGAACUCCCCGGGCGCGGCGAUAAGAAUCGCAUUGAUCGAGCAAUUAGUCAGUCAUCCGUCGGUACUGGUGCGGUGCGGAUACACACAGACCGGUGCGAACGGUGCUACCGAACGGUUGCGUCCUUGGAAGUCGUCUUCAAACACAUACAAACAGUCGCCCUCAAACAAACCCCGAAAACCAGUAUUUCUUCAAAAAGCCCCACCUGACGUGGCAUUGCUUCGGUUGAGCGCGUCUUGUAGAUGGCGUCCAGUGGAAGUGGGAAAGUUUGAAUUUCGAAUAGACGCUACUACGCCUCAGCCACCCUCGCUUACUUUGCGGGUUUGCGCCAUAUCAGACCUCCCGUAGACAAAGUGUAGCCCGCCAACAAAGAGUGUGUGUGUGUGUGUUUGUUUGUAGGCGUCCGCAUCUCAGCUGAAUCAACGACUAUCAACGCGUCUGCCCCAACCAUGAGAAAGAAGCUGUACCUGCUGUGCGGUCUGAACAGCGAGCGGAAGCUGAUCGUGGACCUGCUCGCGAUACUGUUCGGCAUCGGGUCCUGGCUCGGCAUCAACUCGGUGUACGUGCAGCUGCCGCUGCUGGUCGGUAACGCGCCGGAAGGCUGGAACCUGCCCUCCUACCUGGUGGUCAUCAUCCAGCUCGGCAACAUCGGUCCAAUCCUGUACACGGCCGCGCUGCGCAUCAAGUCCUUCCGAGACUCCUACCUGAUCGUUGCGCUGCUCGUACUCGGGUCGUGCGCCGCCAUGACGACCGCGUUCGUCUACGACCAGACGGUGCACGUGUUUGGUGCGGAACGGUCCGUACCGCUGUUCAUUACGGUGUUCGGCCUGUCGCUGGUCGGCUGCACCAGCUCGGUCCUGUUCAUGCCGUACAUGGGCCGGUUUAAAGGCAUCUAUCUCAUCACCUACCUGAUCGGGGAAGGGUUCAGCGGGUUCGUGCCGAGCAUUGUCGCGCUGAUCCAGGGUGUCGGCGGCAAUGGGGAGUGUAUCGUGGUCAAUGGGACCGAUCCGAACGAGCCGCCACAGUACACGAGCUACACGCCGCCGCCUCGCUUCGGCACGCGCCCGUACUUUAUCGUGUCGUCCGUCAUACUGGCCAUCAGCAUGGUGGCGUUUGUGCUGCUGGACCGGCUGGCCGUCUGUCGGCGCGAGUAUGCGGCCGUUUCGAUCGGCAAUGGGAACAACUACGCGUACGAGCCAAGCACACCGAACGAUGAGGAGACACGGUCGGCGGCAGGCGAUGCUGCGGCCACCACCAAGGAGAAGGCUUCACUGGACCGUACCAACUACCUGCUGAUGAUGGUGCUGAUCAGCGUGAUGUGCCUGUUCGGCAACGGGUUCUUCCCGAGCAUCCAGUCGUACUCGUGCUUACCGUACGGCAACGUUGCCUACCAUCUGACGGUGACGCUCAGCAGCAUGGCCAACCCGGCCGCCUGCUUUUUGGCGUUCUUCGUCCAGCGCAACUCGAUCCGGUCGAUCGUUGCCCUGUCGGUCGUGUUCGUGCCGUUUGCGGCGUACGCACUGACCACCGCCAUGACUAGCCCGGAUCCGCCACUGAUGCACAACGUGCUCGGUGACAUCUUGGUGGUUGCCUGCUGGACGCUGCUGGUCGGUCUGGUGAGCUACAUCCGUCUGGCCAUCACGACGCUGCUGCGCUGCGAAGGUGGCCAAACGCUCGUCUGGGUCGGUGUCGCGUCCCAGCUCGGUUCCCUCGUCGGCUCGAUCCUGUCCUUCACGCUGGUCAACUUUACCGACACCUUCCAGCAGUACUACCCUUGCUGAAAUCAUUCCGUUCGCUUUGUAGCAGCUAACAAUCGAUUUUUGGGGGGACCGCAUCUGCAAGCAAUAUUUAUAAACACUGCUCUAAUUCUUAAGUACUGACUCUGCGGCCGGAGCGCGUUCGGAGCGCCUAAGCCAAAAUUGCCUUUAAAAGUAAGCAUUGUUUUCUUUCGUGAUAUUAUACUGAGCUGAAAAGUUGAGAUACAAUAAAUGCUUUCAAACUAUAAAAACCUA